AUGGCCGUGUCUCUAGGUAAAAGAAAUCUGAGAGUCCUUAGCGUUACAGCACUGCUCUUACUGUUAGUGUUCUUCGUUGUGCAAAACGCGAAUUCUAUCACCUUUGGCGAGGAGCAGGCUAAUAUCCCCACUUCAGGUGACAAAGCUGGCUUAACUUCCGCCGGUACAGCGGUACACAACAGCGGUGAACUAGAGGUAAACGCAGAAACGAAGAAUAAAGGCGAAGAAAGCACUAAAGUGAACGCCGAGAUCGCCAAGAUCAAACAGGAGGUAAAAAAUGGAGCCAGCUCUCCUGAAGACGAUAGUAUCAGUCGAAAGGGAGCGAAGGGAAGUGACGCUUCAGGCAAUGGUGCCAAUGCCGAAUUUGAUCCCGCAAAGGAAUACACGAUGAUCUUGGGACACUCUCCCGUGAUCAUCUUCAGCAAGAGCUAUUGUCCAUACAGUACCAGACUGAAGGAGCUUUUGAAACAGGGAUACAGGUUUACGCCAAACUACGUGGUCAUCGAACUAGACAUGCACAACAAGGGAGCAGCGCUGCAAAAGUACAUAGAAAAGCAGACGGGAAGAGGCACUGUUCCCAAUCUCAUAAUCAAUGGCAAGUCCAGAGGUGGCAGUGAUGACAUCAGGGCCCUGCACAACAGUGGAGAAUUGCUGGCUAAUCUCGUCGAGUGGAGUGAGGGUUCUUACACCGUGGAAAAGAUAGAGAAACCUUCCAAUAACUAG